AUGGAGGGAUGUACACGAAAUGAGGAGGCAUGUCCACAACUGCUAGAUUUGAUCCCAAGAGGAAGAGAUUGGAUUGUGAAAAGAGAUGAGAGAAGCCAUGGCUCUUCAGAGGAGAAGAAGUUGGAGCUCAGGCUUGGGCCUCCAGGUGAAGACUGGUCUUUGAAUGGUAACUCCAGAAGCAACAAAGAAAGAGAUGAGUCUCUUCUCUCUCUGGGGUACUUUUCCCCUAUGUCUUCCAACAACAACAACAACAACGUAAACCACCACCAAACCCAGAAAUUUAUUUCUCCCUCAGACAACUCUGUUUUGUCCUCAUCUCCAUGGUCUUACCAGCUGGGAAAUAUUCAUCAACAGCAGACAAAAGUUCCAUCUUUUCUUCACUUCACAUCAAGUUCUCAGGGCCUGCCUGUUACCCCCAACAAAGCAUCACAGCCCUGUUGCACUAAAGUGGUAGACUUGCAGAAUGCAGAAAAUAAAGUAUUUUCACCAGCUUCUGCAAAUACAGCUGUGCCCAACAGCUCUCAGAAAAGAACUGCUCCUGCUCCAGUUGUGGGUUGGCCUCCAAUUCGUUCAUUUAGGAAGAACCUUGCAAGCAACAGCUCUUCAAAGCCAACAUCUGAGUCCCAAAAUGUAGUCCCAAACAAGGUUCCUAAUGGUAAACAAGUUGAAACCAGCAGAAAAGGUCUAUUUGUGAAAAUUAAUAUGGAUGGAGUUCCCAUUGGAAGAAAAGUAGACCUCAGUGCCUGUGACAGCUAUGAAAACCUCUCCUCUGCUGUUGAUGAACUCUUCCGUGGCCUUCUGGCAGCUCAAAGAGAUUCCUGUGCUGGUGGAACCCAGAACAAGCAAGAGGAAGAGAAAGAAAUUACAGGUUUAUUGGAUGGAAGUGGGGAAUAUACUCUAGUAUAUGAAGAUAAUGAAGGAGACAGGAUGCUUGUUGGGGAUGUCCCAUGGCACAUGUUUGUGUCUACUGUGAAGAGGCUGCGUGUGCUGAAGAGCUCUGAACUUUCUGCACUUUGUCUUCGUAGCAGCAAACAAGGUAAGAUGCCACCAAACUCUGCAUUGAAGUGA